AUGUCUCCCACCUACACCACCCUCUUUGUCUGUGAAGACUGUGAAGUUGCACCGCCAGAGGCCACCUCGACGGCCAAAUUCCAGCUCCUAGUCUGCCCCUCCCGCCCGCUCGAACUGGGCACGGCCGUCCAUCUCUUCCUCAUUUUUGACCCGCCAGAGCUGGUUCCCUUCUUCCCGGUCGCCACCCGCGCCCCCUUUACGGCUCUCCGCCUCGACAUAUGGGGAGCGGUCGUCGGAGUCAAGUCGCAGGACAGGCGGAGGAUUGAGUUCGAGGUAGAGAACUGGAACGAGGAGGCGCCAAUCCAACGCGCGAGCAUAGUGGUGCCCUGGCUGCCCGGCCUGACGGCGGGCCGCGACCUCCGGGGCUCCCCCGAGUCCGAGGUGCCCGAGCUGCCCGAGCUGCCCGAACGGGAUGAGAACGCCCAGCCUUUCCCGGCCGAAUCGCACCAGGAAGGCGCACGCACGACAGCCCAAUGGCGGGACGAGGAUGACGAAACCCACGAGGGGCGCGGCUGGAACGGAGAUUACGCACAAGAGUACUCCGACGCGGGAUAUCCCGGCGAGCAGGCUGGCAAACGGGUCUGUCUAGAUGUUGAGUUGUUCAAACCGAGUACGGGCGUUGACGACUCUAGGCUGUGGACGACAAGUAUGCGAGCAGCCGUAUACGUGACGAAGGCCGCGAGAACCUGGCGCGUCGCUGGCAACCAAUCGCAUUGCAGUCAACAGACAGACGAACACAUAAUCGAAACGACGGCGAGCUGCGCUGAAGACGUGAAGAGGGCCCACCGCGCGGAGAUGGACGGUGGGGAGGGGGCGGCGGCGACCAGGAUAAAUACUGGAGCUCGCGAACAACGAAGAGCGUCGCCUUUCGUGCACAACCCCAGCUCCACAGCCCUACUCGCCUCGCAGACUACUGUUCAGAUGCCCCAUCGUCGCGCAGCCCCUCCCCCUCGCUCCGUGUCACCGAUCGACCUGAACAUGUCGUCGCCGACGAUGCAGUCGGGCACCCAGUCUGGCGGUGUGCCGCAAGGCGGACCCCUUCACUCGACCCCGCCAUCCAGAACGUACGCACAGGUUGCGUCGUCGCCCCCGACGAGCCCGCGGAUGGCCGCUAUGCAGGUGCACGCCCCGGGACCGCCCGGCCUUACCGGAGUCAAUGGCUCUGUAUUGACGGGCCCAGGGGUAGCACCGGGCAACAUCUCCGGCGCGCGCGAGCUCCCCGCGAGUCAGCACGACCGCGGAUCUCCGAGCCAGGCGUCGGCUACUACUACCGCCGCGGCGGGCGCUGGGUCGAGCGAAGGCGGGGGCAGCAAGUCAAAGGACAAGGGCAAGGGCCGAGGGCCGCCUGGCCCUCCGAGCCCGCGCGCCCCGCCGGCGACUCUGUCUGUCCCCUCGUCUCCGUCUCCGUCGUCUCCCUCCCUCCCGUCCUACCCGGAUGAUCUAGAAGUCUAUGGCACCCGCUACGUGUGCGCGGAGGACCUGCAGUGCGGAAUCGCAGAAGGCAUCAUGGCUGGUGCGAAGUACGACGACUACAUCACCGACGGGAUCGGGCGCGACGGUCGCCCGCUGCCGGGGCAGGUGCCUGACUAUGAGCAGCGGAAGCGGAAGCGCGCGCGUUUCCACACUCCGUCCCCGGAGUGUGAAGAAGCAGUUGUCUUCUACGGUCGAGCGCUGCCAGGUGAGGCCCCCCGUCCGUCUACGCCGCACCCAGCAACUAUCACGACGGCGAGACACCUCCUCAACGAGCAACAGAAGGAGGGGCUGGAUCUCCUGCCGCCCUCGCCGAGCCGGACGUCGCUGGUGCCACCUCCCUCGACCCAACCGCGCCAGCCUUCGCGACUAGUGCAUGGUGCGCUGCGGCCGGCUCGGAGCCGCAAAUCUCUGCCGUCCUCCCAACCGCCCUCCCAACCAUCUUCCCAGAACGCCCCGACGUCCACGGUCCCGAUGGACGUCGACUCCGCCCCCCCAGCCCUGCCGCGCGUUACGAGCAUCUCCUCGGCCGCUGGCUCUCGCUCGCAACAAGGAGCCGGCUUGCAGCUCUGCCCAACUAUCCUCGCAAGAACGACAGCCGGGCUGCCCGCGCGGGCGGCGUCUGCGACUGCUCGAGCGCGCUCGGGCGGCGCGCCACCGCAUGCAAGCUCGUCGACGGCGACCUGGGCGGGGGGCAACAGGAGUUGGAGCGUCCAGUCGACGGGUAGACGUGUGGAUACGCCGCGCCCUCCGCCGUUGCCUGAACCGUUCUGCCCGGACAACAUGAGCCACCGGCCGCCAAAUUACAGGACGCCGAUCCCGUACCCGACUUUUGAGGACGACUCUUUUCACCUCCCUCCUCGGUCCAUGCGUGAAGAAGCGCCGUCGGGCUCAAACCUGUUGCCCUCGCAGCUCGGACCGCAGAAUGGGCGCACGCCGGGCGCCACCCCUCUGGUGCCGGCGAACAGGCGCACGCACACGUACAUCGCGCAAAUGGCGACCUUGCAAGCGUACGAGCCGCAAGGCUUCGUUUUCACGCCCCCGCCGAACGGCGGCUUCGGAACGCACGACUUCCCCGAUCCUGAACACCUCAUCCAUGGCAUGGCGAGCGCGCGCGUUGCGGAGAUAUGGAGGGCGAACGGACGAACGACUCUCUUCGUGGAGAUCUACGGGAUCCGGCACCCCAGCCCGCAACAGAUCAGGACGCUGACCGGCGUCGUCACGGCGGCGUUCUCCGCGAUGACCCACGCCACGGGCUUCCGCGUGAUUGCGCCUGAAGCUGCGCACCCGGCCCACCGGCGUAACAGUGCGUCGACUUUCACCUUCACCAACGUCCCCGAAGACAUCGUCGACAUGGUCGUGAACCAGCGAGUCUGGUCGUCGACUCUGCUCACGCUCCAGGCCUAUCGGAGGGUGAUUACUCUCCCCGACUUCCUCUGCCGUCUCGUUGAUCUCACCCAGGACCCCGAGCUCGACGUCGCCCGCAUGGUGUGGGAGGCCUUCAACGGCCCGUUUAUUCUCCCCACCCUCCUCCGCUUCGUCCGCACCAACCCACAGUACAACGGCAUGGCCCACGAGGAGGCAGCCAAUGUAAUCCUGAGCUCGCUCAGGGUCCACGUGACCCACCUCGACGACAACAGCCUCGUGGCGGCCGUGUACUGUACCUCGCCCGCGGCGACUGUGCGCGAGUGGCGCGAGUGGCGCGACACGGUCCGCCGCGCCUCUUUCCAGUCCGAGACGCAGGUGGCCACGGUCGCGCAGCCGACGCUCUGCGACGGCUGCCAUAGCGCGGCCCAUUCUACUGAUUUGUGCCCCUACCCCAGCGUCCCCGGAUGGAACGCUCCGCCGCCGCGCCCUCGCCCUCAGCCUCGACAUGACGUCGCCGACCUCGGCCCCAGCAGCCUGACGCAGCAGGGCGACAUGGCCGGCCCGUCCACGUACAACCGGGCGACGCGCGGACGCGGGAUGUCGGGCUCCGGGCGUGGGGGUAGGCAGAACAACCAAGGGCGCCGCGGCGGUAACGGCAAUGGGAGAGGCAACGGCAACGGCAACGGGCACAGGAACGGGGACGGAAGUAAGCGCGACCGCGACUCGUACGACGGGGCGGCUGGAGGCCAGUACGACCAUGAUCACGAUGCGUACCUGUAG